CGCAGUGCGGCGGAAAAAACAAAGGAGGAGGUGGAUGCGCCGCAGAGCAACAUCACCGUUACGCGGCGGUCAAGGAAGUGAAAAUGUGGCUCCGUCGUAUUGCGCAGAACGUCGGCGCCGUGGCGUCGAGACGACCCUUUCGCGGGGUGAGUCGUCGCUUGGUGCCCGCGCCUUUUCGCUGCGCUACGUGGCACAAUCGCACGGAGUGAGUGUACACGAGCAUAAGUUGUGGGAAUUACGAUUCUAUCUGGUUGCCGUCUGAAUUGUUCGAUUUACGAAUCGCGCUUUAUGAUCGGGAAAAGGAAUCCGAUGAUAUCGGGCAUAUUUUUUUAAACGACAACGAGUGAAGGGUGUUAAAUCCGCGUAGAGGCGCGGGGGAGGAUCCACGCGAGCAAGACGUGAGAUAGCUACGGAUAAGGUCAGGUUCCGUGACAGAGAGCGCCUAUGCGCGUGAUCGAUCGCGCGCGUCUCCACGAUCGGCUGGAGAUGUGAUACCGGAAGUAGGCCAGGCAGGAUUGACCUGCGUGGGUGUACAGAUACGGGCGUACAGGGGUGGGUGGGUGCGUGCGUGCGUGCGUGCGAGCGAGUACGACGUGUAAAGCUGUAAGGUGUGCCGCGUGGGGCCGGGAACGAGCAGUCGUAGAAAUGCACGUCGUCGCGACAGCCAACCCAUCGUCGAUGUGCUCAUCGUCGAGAAGUAUCACUAUCUGGUACGAUAAUACCAUUGUGCGAUUGCUCGGUGUCAUUCUGGUCACAUGGAUUAUCCAUGAUCAGCCAGCCUUGGGUCUGCCGGAGUUGACGACAGUGGAAGAUCUAUCCGGCAGGGGUGCUAAAAAAUUUGGCGACAUUUGUGAGGUGGACAAUGAGUGCGGUUUUGCAGGUUCCUAUUGCGAACCGAAAAAAAAAGUUUGUGCUUGCAAAGAAGAAUUCGAAGCCACAAAUCACCUCGAUAAAUGCGGACAUGCGGCAAAUGUGAAUGAGUCCUGUUUCUUCCACGAACAAUGCGAAGCACGAGUGAGACAAACAGAAUGCCGCGAUGGCCGAUGUAUCUGCCUUUUCGAGAAAGUCCCGGUGACACAACCUGACGGUGUUAUAACCUGCGUCGGUAAGGAAUGAAAUUCUCACGAAACA